CUGGGAAGAUCAUAGAGAGAGCCAGCCAUGUACACUACCAAGAGGUGCAUUGCCACGGCCAUCGUGGUGGUGCUCUGGCUCCAGGCCGCCGCGGACGCCCGCCGCCUCUCCCCUGGCGGCGUGAUCCGGCUUCCGAGCGAUGGCAGAGGUGAUUCUGUUGAUCAAGUCGGGUCGUCAAAGGUGAUCGGCAUAGAGGAUCCAUUCUAUACUUGUCCGGAUGGCAAGGUGCUGAAAUGCAGAGUCAUUGCGUUACAAUGGUAUUGUGGUUGCGUGCGUGAAAAAGGUGUUGGCCCCGCUGGUCAAGCCAUGUCGGCGGUGGCGGGCUCGCCGAGGAAGAUCGGUGGUCCUACCGAUCAAGUCCAAGUGACAAAGGUGCUCAACGAUCUAGAGCCGUGGUGGCCGUGUCCGGACGGCACAGUACAGAAAUGUGAACUCGUUGCAUUCAAAAUCUAUUGCAAGUGCGUGCCUAAAGACGGUGCAGGUCUCACCGGUCCAUCCAUGUCGGCGCCGGCGCACUCGGCGAGGAAGAAGGACGGCAACGAUGUCGCCGUGAGCGACGGUAACUAGCUAGCGCGUGCGCCUGUGCGACAUGCUAGAAAUAUACUCUCUUUGUCCGAAUCACUUGUCUUAGAUUUGUCUAAACACAUUAGGAUGGGGGUAAAUAUACUUAAAGCAAUAGUAAUAAGGUCCAGCACAUAUGGUUGCAUGGACACCCUUUCCCGUUUUGUUAUACUACUAGUCGUACGCAUGUGCGUUUAUGUACGCACACCACGUAUAUGGCAAAUCAGGGCUAGCACACACGCUCUCUAGAUCAUCAGGAUGUAUUUUUGAAGUGUCGCCAGCUCCUGUGUAUGCAUGUUUUUACAUAUAUAAUAAAUGGAAUAAUGGCUACUACGCACG